AAACCAAGAGAGAGAGAGAGGGAGAGAGGGAGAGAAAUGGAAGAUUCCAUCUCUACCUUCUGCAAAACCCUCUCCUCUUUCUGUAAUCACAUCCAAUCCACCUCCGACGCUCUCAAGGAAUCUGUCCAUCGCCGUCCCAUCCCCCUCGAUUCAGCAUCAUCCACCUUCAUCCAAUGCCUUAACCGCCGGGUCUCGUCUGCGGGCCCCGAUCUCAACCUGCUUGAGUCGAUGGUGCUCGGGACCGUCUCAUUCGAAGAGCUUCUUGGCCACUGCAAUGAGGCCUACAGGAAGAACCAGACCGAUCUUGCGGAACUCGAAGAUCGCUUCCAGAGCUUUGGAUAUGUGCCUGAAGUUGAAGUGGAUGAUGAAGAUGGAGUUUCAGUUUUGGCGACUCCUGUUGGUAUAGACUCGAAGUUUCUAAGCCCACAGGAGCCAGUUUCUCCAGCGGGGUCUCUUAGGAAGAGGCUGGAAGAUGAUCCUUUAUUUGAUGAUUCCGUGUGUUUACAAGAUCUCGGGCUGUCUGAUGUUUGUCUCGCCACUUUAGCUUCCGAAGCUGAUGAUGAACUUGCAAGUCCAAAGAUGUUGUCACAAAAUCCAACAAGUUAUGACAAUGACCAACCAUCUGAAAAGAAAGUCAGCAAUGGACCUCUCAUGAAGGACUCGGGCACCAUAGGAGAGAAAAAUAUCUAUCCUCUUAAUUCUGCAGGCCAAUUGGGAGAUGUUCCUAAUUCAAUUGGAAGUGUUGCUAAAACUAUAAUAAAGAUUACCAAGGAUGACUAUGAUGAACUUCCUUCCUAUAUGAAGAGCCUAGCAUCAUGGGAGGAUUUGCAAGCAAUUGUUGUAAAGAUGAACUCAGUCCUCUGCAAGAGAGAGAAACCAAUUGGGGGCAACUCAUUCAACCCAGACGAAAUUGCGUCACUGGAAUUGGGGCCGAAGGGCAGGUCUUAUUUGCUGAUGCUCUUGCGAAUGAAUCGGUUGGUUGUCGAGACCGUUGAAGGCUCCAUCUCCUAUCGUGUUACUGAUGACACGUGUAAGUGACGCAUACGUGCAUCACCAGUUCUGCUCAUCAGGUGAUCCCAACACUUAAAAAAAACGAUAUUUACAUCAUAUGAGACCUACAGGAUCUUCGGGUGGGCCGCACGCAAAAAAACGAAAAUUAACUGAAGGCUACACGUGUGACUCGCCUGGGAUCAUACACGUCCAAUUCUAUAUGGCAUAGAAUCUACAUUGAAGAUUGUGUAUAUUAAGUUUGUGUUGUAUAUUUGAAUGACUCUAGUAUUUCAAAUGCCAGGCAUUGAAUAUCC